AUGGAGCCCAAAGCAAGGCGAUUGAGACUAGUUGGCUAUUGUGUUCAAGAGAAAGCGUACAGGCUUGUGGAUACGAGCUCCGAUCGUAUAGUGAUUAGCCGUGACGUUAUAUUCAACGAAGCGUCUGCAUCAUCCGAGCAAGGAAAUAGUGGUCCGGCUGAGGUGGUUGAAUUCGACGUUGAUUCCAACCGAUAUCAACAAUUUCGACCUGAUGACGUUAAUGGUGAAUGCAGCCCUGAUGACGUUGAUGACGAAUGCAGCAUUGAUGACGUUAAUGGAGAACGUAGCCCUGAUAACGUUGAUGACGAAUGCAGCCCGACUGACGAGCAGGAGGAGGAAUUCGAUUCGGCAGAAAGUGACGAAAAUUCUGCAUCGAGUUCUGAUGGCCAAGACGAACCUGCUGCAACCUCUUCAAAACGCUCAACAAGAGGCGGUGUUGAACCGCAUCAAUACUAUCGCUAA